CCGCGGAAGGAUACGUUCCGUAUACACAGAGGGUAUAAAGAUAUCGGUUUUUUCAAACGCAAAUCCCUUUCAAUUUCCUAGCGUCAGGGUGCAGAAGGAUUCGGACAAUUUGGUCGCAUUUUAUUCAAGAAGAACAAGCUGAACGAAACUGAAAGAUGCCUGAAGAAAUGCGCCAAGAGGAGGAGGCGGAGACCUUCGCCUUCCAGGCGGAGAUCGCCCAGCUGAUGUCCCUGAUCAUCAACACCUUCUACUCCAACAAGGAGAUCUUCCUCAGGGAGAUCAUCUCCAACGCCUCUGAUGCUCUGGAUAAAAUCCGGUAUGAAAGUCUGACAGACCCCACCAAGCUGGACAGCGGGAAGGAGCUGAAGAUCGAGAUCAUCCCCAACGUGCAGGAGCGCACGCUCACGCUCACCGACACCGGCAUCGGCAUGACCAAGGCCGACCUCAUCAACAACCUGGGCACCAUCGCCAAGUCCGGGACCAAGGCCUUCAUGGAGGCCCUGCAGGCUGGAGCAGACAUCUCCAUGAUCGGACAGUUCGGUGUGGGCUUCUACUCCGCCUACCUGGUGGCGGAGCGGGUCGUGGUCAUCACCAAACACAACGACGACGAGCAGUACGCCUGGGAGUCGUCCGCCGGAGGGUCCUUCACCGUCAAACUGGACCACGGGGAGCCAAUCGGCCGAGGCACCAAAGUGAUCCUGCACCUGAAGGAGGACCAGACGGAGUACGUGGAGGAGAAGCGGGUCAAGGAGGUGGUGAAGAAGCACUCUCAGUUCAUCGGGUACCCCAUCACCCUGUUCGUGGAGAAGGAGCGUGACAAGGAGAUCAGCGACGACGAGGCGGAGGAGGAGAAGGCGGAGGAGAAGGAGAAGGACGAGGACGGCGAGGACAAGCCCAAGAUCGAGGACGUGGGCUCCGAUGACGAGGAGGAGUCCAAGGACAAGAAGAAGAAGAAGAAGAUCAAGGAGAAGUACAUCGACCAGGAGGAGCUGAACAAGACCAAGCCCAUCUGGACCCGCAACCCCGACGACAUCACCACCGAGGAGUACGGCGAGUUCUACAAGAGCCUCACCAACGACUGGGAGGACCACCUGGCCGUCAAGCACUUCUCCGUGGAGGGCCAGCUCGAGUUCCGGGCUCUGCUCUUCAUCCCCCGCCGCGCGCCCUUCGACCUCUUCGAGAACAAGAAGAAGAAGAACAACAUCAAGCUGUACGUGAGGAGGGUGUUCAUCAUGGACAGCUGUGAGGAGCUCAUCCCAGAGUACCUGAACUUCAUCCGUGGCGUGGUGGACUCCGAGGACCUGCCCCUGAACAUCUCCCGAGAGAUGCUGCAGCAGAGCAAGAUCCUGAAGGUCAUCCGGAAGAACAUCGUGAAGAAGUGCCUGGAGCUGUUCACCGAGCUGGCCGAGGACAAGGACAACUACAAGAAGUUCUACGAUGCCUUCUCCAAGAACCUGAAGUUGGGGAUCCACGAGGACUCUCAGAACCGCAAGAGGCUGUCGGAGCUGCUGCGGUACCACAGCUCCCAGUCCGGCGACGAGAUGACCUCCCUCACAGAGUACCUGAGCCGCAUGAAGGACAACCAGAAAUCCAUCUACUACAUCACAGGUGAGAGCAAAGACCAGGUGGCCAACUCGGCCUUCGUGGAGCGUGUGCGCAAGCGCGGCUUCGAGGUGCUGUACAUGACGGAGCCCAUCGACGAGUACUGCGUGCAGCAGCUGAAGGAGUUCGAGGGGAAGACCCUGGUGUCCGUCACCAAGGAGGGCCUGGAGCUCCCCGAGGAUGAGGAGGAGAAGAAGAAGAUGGAGGAGGACAAGGCUCGCUACGAGACGCUCUGCAAGCUCAUGAAGGAGAUCCUGGACAAGAAAGUGGAGAAGGUGACCGUGUCCAACCGGCUGGUGUCGUCCCCGUGCUGCAUCGUCACCAGCACGUACGGCUGGACGGCCAACAUGGAGCGCAUCAUGAAGGCGCAGGCCCUGCGGGACAACUCCACCAUGGGCUACAUGAUGGCCAAGAAGCACCUGGAGAUCAACCCCGACCACCCCAUCGUGCAGACGCUGCGGCAGAAGGCCGACGUGGACAAGAACGACAAGGCGGUGAAGGACCUGGUGAUCCUGCUCUUCGAGACGGCCCUGCUCUCCUCCGGCUUCUCCCUGGACGACCCACAGACACACUCCAACCGCAUCUACAGAAUGAUCAAGCUUGGGCUUGGUAUCGAUGAUGACGACGUCCCCACAGAAGAGCCUGAGACGGCGGCCGCCCCGGAGGAGGUCCCGCCCCUGGAGGGCGAGGACGACGCCUCCCGCAUGGAGGAGGUCGAUUAAGCCCCGCCCCCACCUGCCAGCCCCACCUCACCUGACCGAUCAAAGCUUUUCGUUUCCCCACCCCCUCCCUCCUCCCCCACUUUCCAGGGAAGUGCGGUCAGUGAAUGUCAAUAACGGUCAGUUUGUAAAUUCGAUGAUUGUGUGUUUUAGUGGACCAGUGUUGCCCUCCUGUAAAGUAGCCUUGUUCCGAGAGGUAAGAUUUAUUUUGGGGGAAGAGCAGCGCGGCGUCUCCUGGCACGGGCCCGUCUGGAGGAAGGAGCCGGAGGCGUCCGGGUUGGGGAGAGAUGUACAUUCCUGUUGAACAGUUUGGGGGCAGCAUGCUUUUGCAUGAGGCCCGGGUGUCUAUUUGGUUUUUGCAAAAUAAAUAAAACUACAAAUGCCUUUAAAAAAAAAAA